UCGCUCUCUGCCCACAGCUGGCAGGCUUUGAUUCUGCAGCAUGGAGCCGUUUAAAUGAAAGUUUCUCCCCUUCGUAGGUAGCUAGAAGCAAAAUUUACCAAAGGGAAGAACCAGAUGAAAUAAUGGAGAAGGACAAAGUAAGAAAAGUGAUACCAGCAAAAGAUGGGAGGAAGAUCCCUAGGAAGACAGAGUGUUAUGAGGAAGAGAAUAACUCUGUGAAAAGGAAGGUUUACAUGGACUACAAUGCAACUACCCCACUGGCCUUGGAGGUGAUCCAGACUGUUACAGAGGCCAUGCAGGAGGCCUGGGGUAAUCCCAGCAGCACUUACAAAGCAGGUAGAAAGGCCAAGGAGACCAUCAGCAGGGCCCGGGAGAGCCUGGCCAGGAUGGUAGGAGGGCAGCCUGAAGACAUAAUUUUUACCUCAGGGGGGACAGAGGCCAAUAAUCUCAUUAUCCACACUGCACUGAGGUGUUUUAGAGAGAGCUGGGUGCUGGGGGAAAAUGGACCUGGGGAGAAACACAGUAAGCCGCAAGGAGCCACUCCCCAUUUUGUUACAUCAAGCGUGGAACAUGACUCGGUGCGCUUGCCUCUGGAACACCUGGUGAGAGAGAACAUGGCAGAAGCCACCUUUGUCCCUGUGUCCAAGGUGACUGGUCAGGCAGAAGUUGACGAUAUCAUUGGGGCAGUCCGUCCAACCACUUGCCUGGUUUCCAUCAUGCUAGCUAAUAACGAGACUGGGGUAAUCAUGCCCAUCCCAGAGCUCUGUCAGCGGAUUCGGAUCUUGAAUCAGAAGAGAACAGCAUCGGGGAUGCCCAAGAUCCUGGUGCACACAGAUGCAGCACAGAUGAUAGGGAAGGGACGAGUGGAUGUGGAGGAUCUGGGUGUGGAUUACCUCACUGUUGUGGGACACAAGUUUUAUGCUCCCCGGAUCGGAGCGCUAUAUGUGCGAGGGCCUGGAGUCGCUACCCCUCUGCACCCCAUGCUGUUCGGAGGAGGACAGGAGCGGAACUUCCGACCUGGUACAGAGAACACCCCAAUGAUUGCAGGCCUUGGCAAGGCUGCCGAGCUGGUGAAUAAGACCUGUGAGGUUUAUGAGGCUCACAUGCAGGAAGUUCGGGAUUACUUGGAGGCAAGGCUGGAAGCUGUAUUUGGGAAGCAGAAGAUCCACUUUAACAGCAGAUUCUCAGGCUCCAGACGGCUCUGCAACACCUGUAACUUCUCCAUCCUGGGCUCAGGGCUGCAAGGUCAUAAGGUGCUGUCUUGCUGCAAGACCCUUCUUGCCAGUGUUGGAGCAGCGUGCCACUCGGAGAAGGGUGACAACCAGCCAUCUUCUAUUCUGCUGAGCUGUGGGAUCCCUUAUGAUGUGGCCCAGAAUGCCCUGCGGCUCAGCGUGGGGCGAGACACCACCCACCGCGAUGUGGACCUGGUUGUGGAUGACCUGAAGGAGGCCGUGGCUCAGCUGGAGCAGAGCAGCACCCCUUUGACCUGAGGCCUUCUGGGAUAGGGAUUGAGGAGGGAAGCUCCAAAGGGAGGUUUCCUAAAUCUGGGGCCAGACGCUCUGCUGCUGUGCGCCAUGUGGGUGACCCUACACCUGUGUAAAGUGGAUAUAAAGAGUUGUCGAGUUGGCACACUAACCCACUCUGCACUGGUGCAAGUGAUCACAUAAGGAGCAGGGCAUCGGAGAACCAGAGCCCUAGGGACAGGUCCUCUCCCAUCCUGUUCAAGUCACUGCAAAUCCAUUAAUCUAUCUACUUUUGUAACGAGCUGUUGCCCAAGCUGCAGGCCUAACUCGCAUAGGAGGAGGACAAGGAAGAAAAGAGACCUCUUCACCUGAUUUAACAGUUUUCCAGGGACUUGCACAACAUGGAAUAGGAUUGCAAUUAGAUGCCUACAUCUGCAUAGGUACCUAAUAGCUAGGAUAGGAUCUGGCACCAAGGGGCUUUCUGGCCCCGAAGAGCAACCUGCACUGUGCUGUAAGAAUUUUAUCGAUGCUCACACCUCUGGACACCUGAAUUAAUCAAACAAGGAUGCUUUUAUAUUUGGGAGACCUUCUAAUGAUUGGCUUUUCUACUGAAAAGUUGGAAAGGGUUUGAUUGGUGUCAGUGCUCUGUAGUGGGAAUUAGGAAGGCAUGUGUAUGCUUCAGGGUACCUCUGUCCACACAGUGGAGGUGCAAAAGUCUCCAUUUAUGUGGAGGCUGGUGUAUGUGCCACAAUAUGCACAUGGUCAAGGAGGUAGCUAUGUGUGUGAACAGGGAAUGUGACAUUUGGAGGAAAAAGAAGGUCACAUCACUUCUUUAUCAGAUCAUUCCUGCCUUUGUCGGCAUUAGAAUUUUUCUGGAAAUCACGUGCACAUGUGUUGAAGUUCUCUGCUCUCACCCUCCUCUGUAGGGAACUCAUUUCAGUAUUGCUGAAAAGAGUGCACCUUUCAAUUCAUUUUUUUUCUCAGGAAAAAUGUUACCUAGUAUAAGGCAAAUUAUCAAGGAGGAUUGAGACCUCUUUCGAAGUUGGAAAUAGGGCAUUUAUUACCAGAUAAGGUCACUGGGCUGUCAACCAGCCUCCCCAGCCAAUACUUGAUGUAUGGUCAAAUUCUUGUUUUACAGCCUGUUACUUCCGUACACAUUUUUCCUUUAACGUUGCACCCUGGGGAAGAGUGCCUAUGUCUAGCUAGCCAUAUUCUUUGGGUAAAUGUGAUAUCUUUUAUUAGACCAAGUAAAUAUAUCUAGCUGUGAAUUCCUUAACAGGGAAGACAUUGUCUCCACAUUCUAUAUAGAAACAGGUACCUAGAUCAAGCUAGUAGCUCUAAACACUGGAAUAGUGAUAAAGCAAUAAUGCAUUAUGAAGUAGCUGCUUGGCAAAAUGCAGUGAUGAGCUGAGGAACAUCUAAUAUUUAUAUAGUCCCAGCACGUGCAAAAGUGACUGCUGUUAAUCAGAGUGGUUUCAAUUAAAAGUAUUUUCCUGAGGCUGUUUUUAUUCUA